AAAUUUGAGGUUAUAUCAUCUUUGUUUUUCUCAGUGACAUUGAUGAUUGAUGAACUCAUCAGCUAUGAAUAAAAUUUUGAAUUACAUAACUUUUUACAGUGAUAAUUAUUAUAAGUACAUGUGGUUAUCUACAACUAAAUUACAAAUUAUCUAAUUGAAUUUAUGUCAAUAAUGGGUGUAAAUAAGAUAUUUGUAAAAGAGAUUCUAUCCUUCGUUCCUCGACAUAAACUAGUUAGUGAAAAAGAUCUAAACAUAUUGCUAGAUUUUAUUGAAAGCAAAAGUAAAAUCCUCGUUUUAACUGGAGCUGGUGUGUCUACCGAAAGUGGUAUACCAGAUUAUAGAUCAGAAGAUGUCGGUCUCUAUGCAAGAAGCAAUUCAAGACCUGUUCAAUACCAGAAUUUUAUUAAAAGUUCACAUGCUCGACGUCGGUAUUGGGCCCGUAACUUUGUCGGUUGGGAAAGGUUCUCGUCUUUCCAGCCAAACGAAUCUCAUAGAGCCAUCCGCGACUUGGAGUGCACCUACAAUAAAGUCUCCUGUUUGAUUACACAAAACGUUGAUAAUUUACAUUUUAAAGCCGGCAGUAAAAAUGUAAUAGAGCUUCAUGGUACAGCAUUUAAAGUAGUUUGUUUGUACUGCAAUGAGUUAUUCGAUAGACAUGACGUUCAGGACUUGAUAAAGCGUCAGAAUCCUGAAAUGAAUGAAACUUCUAAAUUUAUGCGACCUGACGGCGAUGUUGAACUGGAUGAUAGUGUCGUGGAAAGGUUUACUGUACCUUCCUGCCCUCAGUGCUCGGGUGUUAUCAAACCGAACAUUGUGUUCUUCGGCGAAAACGUUCCAAAAGCUCGCGUGUCAUUGGUCGCUCGAGAGAUAGACGCAUGCGACUCGGCGCUUGUGAUUGGCUCGUCGCUGUCGACCUAUUCGGGACUACGAAUCGCAGCGCAGGUCAAUGACCUUGGCAAACCGGUGGCAGUUUUAAAUAUUGGCUCCACUAGAGCCGACAGUUUUGCCAAAUUUAAAAUUGAGUGCCGGUGUGGAGAUGUUCUGACUAAGUUGCCGUGGGAUAGAUUGGUCAAAUCAUAGUUUCUUCAUUGAAUUCUAAAAUGAAACAUUGAAUAUAUCAAUUGUUCGAAAUGAAACUCAAUAGAAUAUAAUAUCAACGUUAUCAAGUACCCAUCGCAACACUACUAGUAUCAACUCUUCAAGAGCGAUUUUCCUUUUUCAAGAGUUGAAACUAUUCGAGUUGUAAUAAAAUAAAAGGGUACUUGAAAAAGAAAAUGGCGAUUCAGUGCAAUAUGGUUUUGUACAAUAAUGUAUUGAAUUUUCCAUGCAUUUGUCAAACCUACUUAAAGCUAGGUUUAAACUAUGUAGCAGAGCUACAUGUA